AUGUUUCGGCGAAUUCUUGGAGCUAUUCCUUGUAAAACAAAUAUGCACCAUGAAAUUGAUGGAACUGAGGAGAAACACCAAGAAUCGGAAGAAUCACCAGUAACACUUUUACAAGUCCGCAUCAUACUUUUCUUCCCUUCUCUAGAAGAGUUUGAAUGUGAACAUCGUGUAUUACUUGACGAAGUUAUACCUCAUAUACAACAGUAUGCUGCACAAACUGGUAUCGAUAUAGAAUUUGUUGAGCCACUCACUGACAGCUUGGAUACGGAUACUACUGAAACGAUUCUUAAUUUAUUUUCCAAACCGACUUCUUACCUUCUAGUUAGCAUAUUAUGGAAACAUUGUAAUAAAUUAAUCGAUCAUAAUGUUUCAUGGGAGAUCGGUAUGGGAAAUGUGUCUUAUCCAAGAAAAUAUCAACAGAAAUAUUUCGCACAAUCGAAACAAGCUUUCCGGAAACAAGCAAUGGAAGCAGAAUCAGUCCAUUAUCAGCUUCGAGACACAGCUAUUAAAUUCACUGACCAAAUACGAUUAAUAUCCAUUUUACACCAAAAUCCUAAUCAGCAGUGCGAAAAACAAAAUUACAUCACAAAAACUACUGAUUUUGAGAUGUCUAAAAAUGAUGAACGAAACAAAUCAAAAGUUGAGGACAACCUGCUUUUAUCUGCAACAGACAGAAUAGUCAGAAUGGCUUUGACACAACCUAAGAAAGUUGUGUUUUGUCUGCGCAACAUGGAAGCACCAAAAGAGGAAGCAACAACAAAUGAAGCAUCUGUUGUUUCUAUUCGUUCAAGAUCUAAAAAUGAGAACGUUGAAUCCUGGCAGAUAACUCAGUCACAUAUUAAAUACACUAAUUCCCUUGUGACUGAUCAUUUGCUACAGUUGCUCUACGCACUUGAUCCACCACGUGGUCUACCGAGUGAUGUACCAUCAUUGGUAAAAGCCGAACAUAAUGCACAUGUUAUGUUUGCAAAAAUGCAAAUGCCAAAGAAGUGGCUAUCUCGUGUAAGCAUCGAUGAGACAUUGAGAUUCUGGACUGAGCAGAAUACUGGAUAUUACCAUAUUCAAGGAAGUGAAGCUUCUGGCAAAACUGCACUUAUCUGUAGGCUUCACGCUGUGCUAGUUGAAAAACAUUGUUAUGUCAUCACAAGAUUUGUUAAUUUAACACCAGAAUCUCAAUACGCACACGAACUGUGGCAUGGAAUUUGCUUGACCUUGUGUUUUUUAAUGGGUGAGAAUGACGACUCAGUCAUAAAUUCAUUUCAUUUGUCGUCAACUUUGGCUAUCUUCAAAUUUUUGCUCCAGAAACUGGAUCGACCAGUAUUCGUAUUAAUUGAUGAUGUUAACAACAUCAGAUAUGGAAGAAUUCUUAGUGUAUUGGAGGAAUCAUUCCAGAAAUGUCCCGAUAAUCUUGUUUUAAUAUGUUCAUCAGUUUAUUCGAUGCCUCUUCCUUUUAUGCCCCAGCCCAUUCGAUUCAUUUUACCGAAUUUUACAACAGAGGAUAUUGCGCAUUAUAUCAGCUUAAAUACCGCUGAAAAUACUCUUAAUCAAAAGCAACUGAAUGAUAUCCUUGAUAUGGUGAAAUUAAAAAAUAACAGCAUCAUCAUCGUUCAGUUAUUAUUAAAGCAGAUAAUUAGUGGUAUGAACCGUCCACUGGUUGCUGAUAUUAAUGAAUGGCUUAAUGGGGUUGAAAAUAAUCUAGGCAUUGUAUUGGUACGGUUAUUUGCGCAAUUUCUAACAGUUGCUCCUCAUGGGAUUACAAGUUUAGAGCUUCUGGAUGCACUGAUGAUAAACUCUGAAUUGCAGAAUGAAAUUCCUGACCAUCUAUCUUUAUCAAUCUUAUUGCACUUAGUUAUUGAUAAGCUUGGGUGCUUCAUGAUGGAAUUAGUACAUGAAAAUCGUUUAGUAUACAAAUGGAGCCACGUAUAUAUAGCAAAUAUUAUUCGUCAUCGUUAUUUGUCAAAUACGGUUGAACUUGAAAAGAUUCACAGUUUAUUGGCUGAUCUAUAUGCUGAUCUUGCUACUUGUUCUGACGAUUCAAUGUCAGCCCGACCAACAAUAAUUUUCAUCUACCCACGACCACUGAAAAGGGAUGAUGGUACCGUAAACAGACGAAAAAUCCAUAAUUUAUGGUACCAUCUACUACACGCCGGUAAUAUGGAUGCCUUGAAAAAGUUUGCUCUUUGCCAUUUUGACUAUGUUGAAGCUUGCGUUCACGCAUGUGGACUUCUACACUUACUAAGUAUAUAUGAAGAAUGCUCAUUACAAGCGCUACACCACGAUAUUCAGGUAGUUUGUGAACAGUUUAUACUACCAUCAUUAAACACAAUCGUACGCGAUCGUAAUCAGCUUGCAGCUGAGGUAAUCAGUAGGUUGUACACACAAGCAGAAAGCAGCCAAUUUUUAAAUACAAUGGUAGAACAGGCAGUCAUUUGGGUUGAUAUGUUCGCUGCUCAACCCCUGUUAAUACCACUAACCUCUUGGAUACCGCCUGAAAGAAUAAAACAGGUUUUAUCAUUCACACUGCCUGAUUGGCAGUCAUCAUAUACAAUCUUACAUCCAACUCAUAAUCAUCAGCAUUUAUUAAUCUCGGGGAAUGAAUCGUCGAUUGGUUUAGUAUAUAUGUUUCACACUGCAUCACAGUUAUUGGUGCGUACAUAUGCAGGGCAUGAAGGACGCGUUACGUCUAUCUCUGUUAGCAGUAACGGUAUGUUUUUUGCUACAACUUCAACCGACUGUACUGUAAGAAUUUGGAAUUUUGCACAGAAUCACUGUGCACAUGUGCUGCAACCACAUAAAGGACGAGUUGUUUGUUCGUUAAUAAGCUCUGACUGCAAGUAUCUUAUCACAGGCGGCACUGAUUCAUGUGCCAAUGUAAUAUCUGUUGAAAACUGGCAAGUUACGCAGAGCUUCAAGGGUCAUACAGGAACUGUUGUUUCAUUAGCACUUACAUCAAGUAAUGAGUUUCUGGUUACUGGUUCUGGAGAAUUUGUUGUUAUGAUCUGGAAUUUAUUGACUGGAACACUGGCUGUUCGACUGGCAGGUCUUAUGGCUCCGGUCUCAUGCAUGACAAUUACUAGCAACGAUGCAUUCGUGGCUGUUGCUUGUGAGGAUGAAACUUUGCGGAUCUUUGAGACCGUUUCUGGACAGGAAUUGCAUGAAGUCUCAGGGCAUGAUGGAAAAAUUAUUGCCAUGAUUGCAGCUUCUGAUGACUGUCAACUCUUUGCAGCAACAAUUGCUAAGAUAUAUAUAUUUGAUAUACACAGUGGAAGACUUCUGGAUAUUUUAAGCUGUGUCAAUAAACAGCCUGUUACUUCGCUUCAGAUUACAAGUGAUGGUUUUUUUUUGCUAUCAGCAUGUGGUGAUCGGAUUAGUAUUUGGAACAUUCAAAACCGUCAUAUUGAACUAAAAUUAAGUAAUCACGAACAAGAAAUAAUUACUGAUAUUUGCAUGUCAUCAGAUGAAAAAAGCGUUGCUUGUUCAACAAGUAAUGGUAUCAUCACAUUAUGGGAUUUAAACACAUGUCAAUGUAUUUCUACGAUGGUUCAGAAACAAGCUAUUCGAGUAAAUUGUUUGAAAUUUUCUGCUGACUGUGAGUUCUUGCUCAGUGGAGAUACAGAAGGGCAAAUCAAUGUUUGGAACUCAGGUGACGGAAAGUUAAUACGACUAGUUAAUCAUCACAGUAAAGCCAUUGUAUCCAUCUUUUGUUUAUCUGAUGGCUCACGAAUAUUAUCAGCGGAUAAAUCAAACAUCAUACUUAUCUGGAAUUUGUUCCUUGUUGAUGAAACAUUAGAAGCGGACAGAAUUCUUACAUUUACAGGAAUUCAGCCACCUGUUUUUCUGUUAGCUAAAAGUAGUCAUCUCAUUGGACACUUUCCGAACAGCAAUAAAGAAUUAAGAAUAUGGGGGAUUGAGGGGGAAAGCGUGAUAACAAAAGCAAGACUAUACCACAACGAUGAAAUAACAUGCUUUAGUGCCACAACAAAUGGCACAUUGCUUGCUACCGGGUCAGCUGAUUUAUCCUUAAAGCUUUGGCAAGUACAAUCAGGUUUCCUCAUGCAGGUUCUAGUUGGGCAUGAAGAAGCAAUAACAUGUUGUGCGAUUGCCAGUGAUGAAAGCAUAGUUGUAAGUGGUGCAAAAGAUUCGAGAAUUAUGAUAUGGAAUGUUUCUACAGGGAAUGCACAAUUUUCUUUUAAGACAGAUUCUCUUUUGACAUCAUUAGCUAUAACUGGUGAUGCAUCUGUGAUUCUUUCAGCAAAUUCAAACGGCUGGAUUGAAGCAUAUGACGUAGAAAAUGGCAUUUUGCUUUCAUCCCUCAAUGCUCACAGCGUUGCUCAAAAUCUUAUAAUUUCUAUGGAUGCUAAUCGUAUUCUGGUACAGUUGACAAACUGCUCGCGGCUGCCAAUCCUCUGCCUUCAUAAUACACCAGCAGGCAUAGCCCAGACUCGAUUAACUGAUCAUGAAAACACAAGUGAUUUUACCCAAAGCUCAAGCAGUCAAGUCAGUCUCGAGAAUGGAGGAAACUACAGCAGUGGUAACCAACUGGAUUUAAUGGAAAUAGGAAAUGCAGAAAGUGCAAGAAAAACUCCACUAUUCAAAUCAAGCAGUUAUGCUAAUUGCAAUAUGAGAUCUCCAGCAUCAAAUGAUAGUGAAAAGGAACUAGCACUUAUAGCAUCACAAUCAAAUUCAGAAAUGAAGCCAGUAGUAUCGACAGAAAAUACACAUACAUAA